CAGAACUGUGUGCAGAAAAAUAAACUGCGUCUAAAAUUUGAAACUGCGCAAAAGCCACCAGAAAUUUCCGCUUUUUUUAAAGUUUAUAAAAACCCCGGGACUAAAAAACACCCUCUUCACUUCUCACAAAAAAGUCUCUCGAGGUUUUCAAAAAUUUGAAGAUUAAUCCGAAAAUGUUUGCUGGGCCUCAAAUUUUGCUGAUUUUAAUCACUGCGAUAAUAAACACAGCUGUUCCAACGCCAAUUUCCAAAUUGAAUGCAGAUGACGACUGGUAUUCGGACUCGAGCAACGAAUUUGACCGAAUUCCCACAAUUCAGGGCAAAUCAGAUCCCACAAGAAACCUCGAAUUAUUACCCCCAUCAAUUUCAUCAGAGAAGGAUGAAUUACUUGAACCCAGACCAGCAGGAAAAAAUAAGCAGGGAUCAAGCCCAAAAUCUGUCAUCAAAGUGCUGAAACCUGGGUCAGAAACCUCACUUUCAGACUAUGGACCAAAACCCUUGAUGAUGGAGUCCCCUGAUGAUGAUGAUGAAAGAGUCACAACAACAACAACAACAUGGUCACCCUUGAAAUUGCAAGGGAUUCAGGACAUUGUGGGCAAAACCCAUCAUCAGCAGGUGUUUGAAGACACAUCAAAGAAUACCAAUAACAAUAACCCAUUGCAUCUCAUUGGGUUCUUCAAGAACCCAAGACCACCAAGACCUAUUCAAGGAAACCAUCAUCAUCAGCAGGCAGUUGAGAUAGUGUUGCACAAUGUGGACCCCAGUCUGGUUUUCCAACCCAAAGAGUUCAUCCCUAUAGACGCAUCAGCAUUGGUGCCCACAUCAGAGACCCUGAGGAGACACAUACAACAAAAACAGCAGAGAAUGAACGUGUUCCAACCUGGGGCCCCUUUUUACUACAGGGUGCCUGCACAUCAUGGUGUCAACACUGGUGUAGAAUUCUACCCAAUGCCUCAUCAACAACAAAUGGCAGAGCCUGUUUUGCCCAAAGUUGGGACCAUCCUUGACUCAUUGCCACCAUAUUAUUCCCCAGAGACCAUCCAAAAUUACCCAGGAUGCAACUUAUUUGGGGCAGGGUAUCCUGAAGCAUUCCUUGGACAUUUGCCUCCCAUGAAGUUCUCAAAAUCAGAGCCCUGAAUAAUUAUACAAUUGCUUUGGUCCAUAUAUAUAUACUCUGAAGCAUGUACAAUAAUAAAGCAAGCCCCAGCUGAGCAA